AUGCCCUGCGAGCUUGAGGUGUACUUCAGACUUUCUUCUUUGACCUUAGAGGUGGCCUACAUUGGCACCCAGAACACUCAGCACAAAGCCGCGGUGCUGCUAUGUUUGGCAGCAGGCAAAGCUGUCCUGUGUGAGAAGCCCAUGGGCGUGAAUGCCUCAGAAGUUCGCGAGAUGGUUGCAGAGGCAAGAUCUCGAGGCCUCUUCCUUAUGGAGUCCUUAGUGAGCAUAUCAGUGUACUUCCCAGGCGUGGAUGACACGGUCACCGUGCUCCUUCAGUACCCAGGCGGCAUCCAUGGCAGCUUCACCUGUAGCAUGACCAGCAAUCUUGGCAACACCGCGUCUGUGAGCGGCACCAAGGGCAGAGCUGAGGUUAUCCCAGCCUGGGCUCCCAUGGAGCUGGUGGUGAAUGGGGAGCGGAAGAAGUUCCCUGGGUACCUUGACUCUAAGAAGACAUACAAUUUUCCCUACUCUGAAAACCUGGUUUUUGAGGCCAUGCAUGUCCGAGAGUGCUUGCGCAAGGGCUUGAGGGAAAGCCCUGUGAUUCCGCUAGCUGAGAGUGAGCUCCUGGCUGACAUCCUGGAGGAGGUGAGGAAGAUCAUCGGAGUCACAUUCCCCCAAGACAAACGCUGAUACCAGUUUGAAUAAAGAAAAGGUUCGACCAGG